GUUAGUGUGCAGGAGUUUGGGGGUUGCUGACCGGCAGGGUGGGAGGCAGUGGCCGUUGGUUCAUUGGUUGCAGGUCUAUGGCAGUGGAGUUGCUGGUGAUUUGUGGCUGUUCCAGGUGUUUAGCACACCCCCAGCGAUGCCUGUGGAUUUUGCCAUGCGGCUCUGCCUGACCCACUCUCCUCCCAUCCGCAAGCUGCUGAACUCCUAUGAGGAGCUGCGGGGUGGCCGGGGGCGCAAACCACUCCGCUCCUGCCUGAACCAGAAGCCCAGUGCAGAGCCGGAGCGGCGGGACAGCGCCAAGGGCAGCCGGAGCAAGAAGAAGAGGGUGGUGUUUGCUGACAUGAAGGGGCUUUCGUUGACAGCCGUCCGCUUCUUCUCCAAGAUCGAGGAGGACCUGUGUGACCUGCAGCAAGCCCUGUCUGACCUGACCUGCCUCAGGCCCAAGCUGCGAGACCCUCACCCGGAGACAAAGAAGUACACACUGGACUUCCCACAGCCCUCUGCCGACUACACGGCCUUCCGCAACCAGCUGCACAUCAACCUGAUAUGCCUGGAGAACUGUCUGAUCCAGGAGCGCUCCCUGUCGGGGACCGUCAAGGUCAGUAACAUCGGCUAUGAGAAGAAGGUGCAUGUCCGCAUCACCUUUGACUCCUGGAGGAGUUUCCGGGAUGUCUGCUGCCAAUAUAUGCACAACACAUACGGUGCCGCUGAUGCAGACACGUUCUCCUUCGACAUCACUCUGCCCAAAGCACCCAGCCUCCGCGGAGCCAUCGAGUUCUGCAUUUCCUUCCAGUGUGGGCAGAAAACCUACUGGGACAACAAUGGUGGGAGCAACUACAAGGUACGCCACACGAGUUCCUCAUCCCCUCCCAGUGCCCUCUCCCAGCUAGUAAGGGGGUCCAGUGUGGCUGGGGAGCAGCUGGGCCCCUCCAAGGCAGCAGCACUGGUCCUUUCUCACUGGCAGACCUGGAGGCGUUCGGAAAACCAUGGUCCGUACUGGUAGGAAGGAGUGUUCUAGGUGUGGGUACAAACGCUCUGCUCCGGCAGAGGCAAUGCCUUGCGGGAGCCCUGCUGCGGAAGACACUGCUCGCUACUUCACUAGCUUGUCUGUGUCCAUUCUGAUCUUCGCGGACGCUGCUUCAGCACCAGGACCUGCCAUAGAAGCUGGAGGUCGUAGCUCAGCUUGAAUCCCGGUUCUGGGUUCUCCGUGCACAACGCAUCACUAGCAGAGACUGUGCCAGGGAGGCUGGCCAGGGAUUGUGUGUGGGCAUCUCCUGCUGCUGUCUCAUUACUUGCGAAAGUCGCUGGGGAAGGGCCAGGCCAGACCUUGGCUUGUUUGCAGAGGCCGGCAAAGCCGCUGGCGGGUCAAACAACCAACCCGCAAUAAAAACUGCCCAGCCAGCCUAGCAACCAAGGGCUUUUGGACUCGGUGGGGGUGCAGGUCAGAACGGCAGACCCGGUGGGCAUAGAAACAGGAAUGGGAGAGGCUGCCUAAGUGCCUUGUAAUUGCCAGGUGUUUGGGACAAAUAGGCAUCCAGGCCCGUGCUGCAGAUAAUAAUAUGACUGUCUGCUGCACCCAAUGGCCAGCACAUGUACCAUGAGCUAUGCUUGCAUCCCCUGAAGGGAACCAGUGGCUGUCACUUUAAAUCCCCUCGUAAAUGGCAAGGGGCUGUGGGACGAGGCACUGGCCUGGCUGUUGGGGCUUCUGUCUCAUUUACCCUGGUGGGGGUGGCUGGCAGGUUCUUCACACUGAAGAUGACAGACUGCGGGUGGCCUGGCACAGUGGUGAGAGGCUCAUUGGGAUGUGCUUCUUCAGGACCUGCUGCUGUGGGAGGAAGGCUGGCCUGGGCUCGGCUGGCUUUCACUGAGGCCGCUAGUGACAGCACAUGGGUCGCUGCAUCAGUUCGUAUCACCCCUCUGGGAGUGCAGUGACUCAGCGCAGUGCAGUGUGCGAAGUGCAAGCGCCCAGGGUAGCCUGGCUCACUCUGAGGUCUGUGUGUCUGCAGCCCGUGCAGGGCACAGGCUGAGCUGGACUGGCUGUCAGUGCUUAGCUGGGCCAGCUGCUGCUGUGGUCUCGGUCCUGGGCCACUGGGAAACCUUCCGGUUUUAGCUGUUGUGAAUAGAUUUAGAACCUUAAUAAAAGUCUCUGUAUUUUGUGAA